UGUGUACAGAAGGGUCAGAAUCCUUACCCUAUCUAUGCAGGAGUCAAUGUUCGAGUGAAUAUCAGUGGAGGAGACUUUGCAGAAUGGUGUGAAUUUACACCAUAUGAAAUUGGAAUUCGUAAAUAUGGAGCCUUCAUUCGCACUGAAGACUUUGGUAGUGAGUUCUUUAUGGGACAUCUUAUUCACAGAAGGUCAGAACCCAAAAUCUGUUACUUGCAAGGAGUCUGGGGCAGUGCCUUUGCUGCGAACCUGGAUGAAAUAUGGGCUCACGCAGCUGGCACAGGUAUCCUCUGGCUUAACUCUCUAACUGAUGUCAUCAAGGUGAUAGAUGAUUGUCGGAAAUUUCAC